AUGACAGCAUGCUUGCUGGCAGAGUCAGCCAGGACAGCCAUGGAUGGCCAAAAAUGGUGGCCCAGCCUGUGCCCAGUGAAGCAGAAGACUCAGGUGAUGAGGAAAUGGAAUCUGAAAGCCAAUCAGGAAGUGGCAGCAGCUGCAAGCUUUCAGGAAGUGAAGGCCAAGCCUCCUUUGGGCCCUGGGAAAGGGCCAACCUCGGGCACUGAGAAAGUGCUCAUUGACCAAGGCAGUAUCAGCACUGGUGGUGGCAAGAACCAAAGCUACUUGCAACAUCAGCCUGGGCCUGGGAAGAACAAGAGACUCAUAGCUGCUGUGACCUUGAGCCAAGCCAGCAGAACAACAAAGACCCACCAACAACUGGUUCAGCUGUUGCUUCCAAGUGCCAAAAAGCCAAAGGCAACCAAGGCUGAUGUGCUGGCAGAAAGAGAGAGAAACAGAACUCCAGUGCCCAAGCCCCUUUGGGCAGACAUGGUGGACCCCAGCAGGGAGAAGAAGCAAGUGGAGAAGGAAAAGGAGAAGAAUGCCAAAGAAGAGCCCAUGGAGGAGGAGUGGUGGGAAAAGGACUGGAAAGAUUCCAGGAAGACUUGGAAUGACUGGUGGCAAGAGAAAGAGGAUGAGUGGAGUGACUGGAAAACAUGGGAGAAGGAGGAGGAGGAAGCAGCUGCUGCCAAAGCAAGAGAAGAUCAGAAGCAGCCUGCAAAAACCAAGAAGGAAGAGCCAGAGGAGGAGAGAAAUGUCCUGAGGGGCCCUGAGGCGAGGUGGAAAAACAGAACUGGGUCUUCAAAGCAGAAGUCCAAACUCAGGUGGGCUGAGAACAAGGCACUGGAAGAAGGAGAAGACCCAGAGAUGGUGAAGCUGGGUGCUAUGGGGGCCUCCAGGAUGAAGAGGCUGGUCAGCAGGCAGGAGGACAGAAUGUCCCACAAGGAGACUGUGGCAGCUGCAGAGAGGGCAGCAAAGGAUGCAGCUCAGGCAGCACAGUCUGCCAAGGACACUGCCCAGCUGUGGGCCUGGCAGAGCUGGCAGUGGCAGCAGGCCUACUGGGGCCAAGGACAGAUGGAGCAGGCCUAUGGGACCACCUGGCCCAAUGCCCAGGCCAGCACCUGGCAGCCUACUGCUCAGGCCAGCAAUGCCCAGGCCAGCACCUGGCAGAGUCCCUGCCAACCCACAGCCCAUGGGGCCUAUAUGCAGUACACCCCCAUGUGGACAGCAGCCACAGCCCACAGCCCAGAGCGCACAGUGACUUCCUGGACCCCAAGGUGGCUGGAAGCAAAGCAGCUGGCACCAAUGCAGCUGGAGGAGGAGAGCCAAGAGCCAAAACAAACCCCAACCCUUACAAGUAGUUUACACCACCAUCCAUAA